AUGGCAGAAGUGGCUCCAGCUCCCGCCGCCACCCCGGCGAAAGCCGCCAAGAAGAAGGCAGCAGCAAAGCCCAAGAAGACCGGCCCCAGCGUCAGCGAGCUGAUCGUUAAAACCGUGUCCGCCUCCAAGGAGCGGAGCGGCGUGUCUUUGGCCGCCCUGAAGAAGGCUCUGGCUGCCGGAGGCUACGAUGUGGACAAGAACAAGGCCCGCGUCAAGACCGCCGUCAAGAGCCUGGUGACCAAGGGGACUCUGGUCCAGACCAAGGGAACCGGAGCCUCCGGCUCUUUCAAGAUGAGCAAGAAGGUGGAGACCAAGCCCAAGAAGGCGCCCGUGAAGAAAGCCGCUCCUAAAGCCAAGAAGCCCGCCGCCAAGAAACCUGCAUCGGCUAAGAAGCCUAAGACAGCGGCCAAGAAGGCAGCAGUCGCCAAGAAAUCCCCGAUGAAGGUGAAGAAGCCCGCAGCGGUCAAGAAAGCAGCCAAGAGCCCCAAGAAGGCCGCCAAGAGCCCCAAGAAAAGCCCCAAGAAGGCCGCCAAGAGCCCCAAGAAAGUGGUCAAAAAGGCUCCCGCAGCCAAGAAAGCUCCCGCAAAGAAGGUGGCCAAGCCCAAAGCCAAGAAGGCAGCACCCAAGAAGAAGUGAGCUGUCAUCAGUCUGAAGCCCUCAACCUGAACAAAGGCUCUUUUAAGAGCCACCCACAU